GUUUUCAUCACCGAGCCAGCGGUUCUCCUGCAGAGUUUGACGUGGCACUCUGCUCCCACUGAAGACUCCACACCACAGGACUCUGCCCACUCCAGGUUUAUCAUAGGAGUUAGAUUUUUGGCAUGAGAAGGAAGUGACAGCGUCUGAGAAUGAGCCACCAGGGUUAUGUAGCCGCGCCGCCGUACUCCCAGGCCCAGCCGGGGAUGGGCGGCUACCAAGCUGGCUUUGGAGCCGGACCGGCACCACCUGCAUACGGACACUAUGGAGGGCCGGCUCAGCCGUACAAUGCUCCACCGGCAGGUAUGAUGAAGCCCCCAGCUUCUGCAGCCGCUGGAAUGACGGCACCUCCAGUGCCCGGGCAGUACAAUCCAAAUGUCCAGCUGAACGGCGCUCACCCACAAAGAUACGGUGCACCCCCAGCUGCUCCUCAUGGUGAGCCUCCUCAAUCAGCAUACAACAGCAUGGCCCCACCCGGCCCUGCUCCAACACAACUGCUCACUAAUCAAAUGAGUGCGAUGAACAUGGGGAAAUAUGCGCCAGGCUCUAUGCAGAGUCCUCCUCCAACGAGCCCUGGGGCACAGCAGCCGUUCCAGACACCACCUCCUCCAGCGAUGGGCCAGCCUCAGAUGCAGAUGCAGCAGUCGCACCACAUGUCCCCACCACAGUCACCCCCCGCAGGCAUGCCGAUGGCUGGGCCCUCCAUGGCUGGGCCCUCGAUGGCUGGCCCACCGAUGGCAGGCCAGAUGAUGGGCGGCCAGCCGAUGGGAGGGCCUCCAAUGGCAGGCCAGCCAAUGGCAGGCCCACAAAUGGGAGGGCAGCCGAUGGCUGGGCCUCCAAUGGCUGGUCAGUCGAUGGCUGGCCCGCCGAUGGCAGGCAUGGGAAGACCCUUCCCCGGACCCCCACCUUCAGGUCCUGGAGGUUUCCAGCAGCCUGGUCCAGGAUCAGUUGGUCCACAGGGAUAUCCACAGCAGCCAGGUCAGUUUGGAGGACACAUGGCAGGGCCCCAGCCUGGAAUGCCAGGAGCGUUCCCCGGAGCCCCGGGAGCUCUGUCGGGCCCACCGCAGAAGAAACUGGACCCUGACUCUAUCCCAAGCAUUACCCAAGUCAUCGAAGAUGACAAGACCAAGCAAGGAGGACAAGUGUUCAGCACCAAUAUCAGAGGACAGGUCCCUCCUCUUGUUACCACGGACUUCACAGUUCAGGAUCAAGGAAAUGCCAGUCCCAGGUUCAUGCGCUGCACCUCCUACUCUCUCCCCUGCACCGCUGAGCUGGCCAAGCAGUGCCAAGUACCGCUGGCCACCGUCAUCAAACCAUUCGCCACUUUGCCAAAGAAUGAGACUCCACUGUAUGUUGUGAAUCACGGUGAGACGGGCCCGAUCCGCUGCAAUCGCUGCAAAGCCUACAUGUGUCCUUACAUGCAGUUCUCUGAUGGAGGUCGCCGCUACCAGUGCAGUUUCUGCAACUGCGUCAAUGAGGUGCCGGUCUUCUACUUCCAACAUCUUGACCACAUGGGCCGGAGGAUGGACUUCUACGAGAGGCCUGAACUCUCCUUGGGCUCCUAUGAGUUCGUAGCCACUCUGGACUACUGCAAGAACAACAAACCUCCCAAUCCUCCAGCCUUCAUCUUCAUGAUCGACGUGUCUUACAAUAACAUCAAGAGCGGCCUGGUCAAACUGAUUUGUGAUGAGCUGAAGACUCUGCUGGAGAAUCUGCCCAGGGAGGAAGGUGCAGAGAGCUCUGCCAUAAAAGUCGGCUUCGUCACCUACAACAAGGUGCUCCACUUCUACAACGUGAAGAGCGCUCUGGCCCAGCCGCAGAUGAUGGUGGUGUCGGACACGGCGGAGAUGUUUGUGCCUCUGCUCGACGGCUUCCUCGUUAACUAUCAGGACUCCAGGGCCGUAAUUUACAAUCUCCUGGACCAGAUCCCUGACAUGUUUGCAGACACCAACGAGAGUGAAACGGUCUUUGCCCCCGUCAUCCAAGCCGGCAUGGAGGCUUUUAAGGCAGCAGAGUGCAGUGGAAAACUCUUCCUCUUCCACUCAUCCAUGCCCACUGCAGAGGCUCCUGGAAAACUGAAGAACAGAGACGACAAGAAACUGGUCAACACUGACAAGGAGAAAACGCUGUUCCAGCCUCACAAGGGCGUGUAUGAGCAGCUGUCUAAAGACUGUGUGGCACAAGGCUGCUGCGUGGAUCUCUUCCUUUUCCCCAGCCAGUACGUGGACUUGGCAACCAUGGCUGAUGUGCCUUCACACACCGGAGGCUCCGUCUACAAAUACGGAAACUUCCAGAUGGAGACGGACGGUGAGCAUUUCCUCCGAGAUCUGAGGAAAGAUGUACAGAAGAGUGUUGGAUUUGAUGCCAUCAUGCGUGUCCGCACCAGCACGGGCUUCAGAGCCACAGACUUCUUCGGUGGCGUCCACAUGAACAACACCACAGACAUCGAGAUGGCAGCGGUGGACUGCGAUAAGGCGGUGACGGUGGAGUUCAAACACGACGACACCCUCAGCGAGGAGACCGGGGCGUUCGUUCAGUGUGCCUUGCUGUACACCACCAUCAGUGGCCAGCGACGUCUCCGGAUCCACAACCUCAGCCUGAACUGCAGCUCGCAGCUGUCGGAGCUCUACAAGAGCUGCGAGACCGACUCACUCAUUAACUUCUUUGCUAAAUCAGCGUACCGCGCCAUACUGAACCAGCCUGUGAAGAACGUGAGGGACAUCCUAGUCAACCAGAGCGCCCACAUGUUGGCUUGUUACAGGAAAAACUGUGCCAGCCCGUCGGCCGCCAGCCAGCUGAUCCUGCCUGAUGCCAUGAAGGUGUUCCCGGUCUACAUGAACAGCCUGAUGAAAACGGCCCCUCUGGUCGGCAGCACGGAGCUCUCCACUGAUGACCGGGCCCACCAAAGGCUCUCCGUCAUGGCCAUGGGGGUGGAGGACACGCAGCUGCUGCUCUACCCACGCCUGCUCCCACUGCACAACAUGGAUGUAGGAAGCGAGGCGGUGCCUGUUCCCGUCCGCUGCUCGGAGGAGCGUCUUGCAGACUCCGGCAUGUUCCUGCUGGAGAACGGGAACGCCAUGUUUCUGUGGCUGGGCCAGGCCAGCCCCCCGGACCUCGUCCAGAGCAUGUUCAACCUGCCCUCCCUCGCCCACUUGCAAGGACUCAUGUGUACGCUUCCAGAGCUGGACAACCCGUUGUCGAAGAAGGUCCGAACCAUCAUCACCGACCUUCUGGAGAAGAGGCCAAACUCCAUGAAGCUGCAGAUCGUCAGGCAGAAAGACAAGCCGGAGAUGUUGUUCCGUCAGUUCCUGGUGGAGGACAAAGGUUUGCACGGAGGGGCUUCCUACAUGGACUUCCUUUGCUACGUCCACAGAGAGAUCAGACAGCUGCUGACUUAACGGGCCAGGCUCGCCCCCCCCCGACCCCCCGCUCAGGUGGACUGGGAGAAACGCAGCAUCUCAUGGACUGUGCAGAAAACUCACAAGGUCUGUGUCAGUAGGUUUGAUUUGAAUAUUUAAGAUGAUGCAAGCAGCGCUUCAGAAAGACACCUGAACAGAGAGAAUCCAAGGUCCAAAGCUGCCUCUGGCACCGUUCGGUACACAAACACACGCAGCAUGACCUUACAGCUUGCCACUUAAAUAGGGUUGUUGUAAAUCUGGAGAAAUGAAUUGGACAACACAGAAUUUUCCACUCAGAUGCUUAGUGUGAUGGACUGACUGGAAGGACUUCACUGCCUCGCGCUGAAAUGCAUUUUGGCACCGGGCCUGCUGGCACAAAGCAAUACAACAUCCACUGUGUAUUAAAUUACUUCAAGCAUUCUCUUUUUUUUUUUUUAUUUCACUUUGUAAAUUUAUAGCAUCUGGAUGAGACAAAUGGUUAUUUAUGGGCUGUGCUGUAAGACGUUCUUUGUUACUCUCCCAAGAAGACAAAGUGCAUGAGGAGGCUCAGCAAAUCAUUUUAAAGUCCCAGUAAAGCAACUGCAAACAUUCACAUGGAAACAUGGUUUGAGUUGGACAGUAUUUCUUUAAAAAAGAACCUGAGAAUUGUUUAUUUUAAGUAGUAGAAUUGGACUGCUAAACUUUUUU